CCCGGCCCUCCUCGUGGCCCGCGCCCCCGGCCUCGGAGCAGCCCGAGCUGCCGCGGCCGUCCUCCUCGCCCUCCGAGUCCGAGUCCUCGCCGUGGAUGAGGCGCACCAGCCCGAAGUGCACGGAGCCGCGGUCAUCCAGAACCUGCCAGGUUGGGGGUGAGCGUGUCUGACGUUAAAUGCUGAUCUCACCAUCAAUGGACAAAAACUCUGGACUGUGUGCCUCUUUUCAGGUGACAGCAAAGUCGACGAGAAAGUACUCCAAUUCCUCCUCCCUCCACACAGUCUCCUCCACGACAGCACCACCCACCAGAGUGGCCUAUUUGUUAUAAUCCUCAAACUGAAACACAGCGUCCUGCAAAGCCAUAACAGCGUUCACUCUUGUUGUUCCUCCUCCUUCUUCAAGUCUGAAAUGCCUCAUUCUGGGAGCUUUACAAGGCAAUGCAGUUUGGGGAAGGUGAAAGUCUACAAUCCCAGAGCCCAGCGUACUCAGUUUCUGGAAAGGACUGUGACACGUGACAUCACGUUAUGGUGCUAAGGGACCACUUCUGAAGCUGGGGAACCCCAGGGAGGGUUCAGUGGCCACACUUCCAUCAUGGGCCUGCGCUCCCUGAAACCGGAGGCCCUGCACCUGCCGCCUGGGACCUCGGAGCUUCUGGGCUGCCAGCGUCGCCACACACUCCCUGCCAGUGAGUUCCGCUGCCUGGCCCCUGAGGAUGCCGUCAGUGUGUUUGAGAUCGAGCGCGAAGCCUUCAUCUCCGUCUCGGGCACCUGUCCCCUCCACCUGGAUGAGAUCCGGCACUUCCUAACCCUGUGUCCAGAGCUGUCACUGGGCUGGUUUGAGGAGGGCUGCCUUGUGGCCUUCAUCAUCGGCUCACUUUGGGACCAGGAGAGACUUACUCAGGACUCGCUGACGCAGCACAGGCCUGGAGGCCGCACGGCCCACCUCCACGUCCUGGCGGUGCACUGUACCUUCCGGCAGCAGGGCAAAGGCCCCGUCCUGCUGUGGCGAUACCUUCAACACCUGGGCAGUCAGCCGGCUGUGCGCCGGGCUGUGCUCAUGUGCGAGGACGCACUGGUGCCCUUCUACGAGAAAUUCGGCUUCCAGGCUGUGGGCCCGUGCGCCGUCACCGUGGGCUCCCUCGCCUUCACCGAGCUACAGUGUUCCUUGCGGUGCCACGCCUUCCUGCGUAGGAACAGUGGCUGCUGACCCGAGCCGCCCACUUGGCCGUGGAGAAGGUCGGAGCAGCAGGCUGGGGCAGGGGAGCUCCUGCCUAACUCCCAUGCCACUCCCUUUUCUGCCUAGUGCCCACCCAAGCAGAGCUGGCUAGCGUGAAGGGAGAGAGCAGUUCCCGACCACAGCAGAGGGGUAAGGGUCAGUAAGAGGCUGGGAGGUGGCGUCACUCUAGCACAGGCUGCUGUCUGCCCCCAGAGGACCUCUUGCAGAGGAGGGACCGUGAACGGUGGCAACCUUGGGGGAAGAUCUGCUGUAGGGCCACGGGGCCACGCCUCACUGCGCCUGCGCACCAGCGUGGCAGCCCACCUGCCUCCCAAGGCCCCUCCCCUUCUAGUCUGAUCCCCCCACACACACACCAACCCUGGCACCUCUGCCCACUAAUAAAGCAGCUAUGCCCAGUGGCUGUGGUUCGUGGGUGUGUGUAGGGUCUUCUGAGUGAGCUGACUGCAGCAAGCUGACUGAGCAAACGAACACCCGACCUCCCCCUGAAGGACCACCUCUGACGGAAUAGGCCAUUCCUGCUGACGGUCAGCCUCUGACUCCUGGGAACAAAAGCAGAGCAGCCGGGGUUGAGAUCUUCCGGCCCUACCUGUAACCCAGUCCCCUGGUCCUUGGGGGCUUUGCUGUGAUCUCAUCUCAAUCUGGUUUCUGGUUCAACUAAACACCAGAGAGAUCCCAGGUUUUCCAAUCUGCCGUCACACCCACAAGUUUUUUCUACUUAAAUUAAGAAAAAAGGGCUUGAGAGAUGGCUCAGAGUUUAAUAGCGUUGACUGUUCUUCCAAAGGUCCUGAGUUCAAUUCCCAGCAACCAUAUGGUGGCUCACAACCAUCUAUAAUGAGAUCUGGAGCCCUCUUCUGGUGUGCAGGCUACUGAGUAAAUAAUAAAUAAAUCU